UCAAGCCAAACGUCAGAAGGCUUUGGGCGUUCGCUCGGUCGGUAGGAGAAAGCAAGGAGAAAAUUGCACGCACGAGCCUGAAGGUGAUGUUGAGGCAAAGAUACCCACAACUUGCACUUGGAUCGGAGGCUCCACUUCUCAAAAUCUCUCAUCAAGUUCACCAUGAAGAUCACCAGCCUUUUCGCCGUGGCCCUCUUGCCGGCCGCCAGUGCCUUCGUCGUCCAGCCCAAUGGACGUACUGCCAUCCGCUCCCCAGUCACAGAGUUGUCGGCUGUUGCCGAGAAGAGGGGAAUUUUGUCCCGGAUCUUUGGUGGAAAGAAGGUAGCCGCAUCCCCCUCGCCCAAGCCAUCCACUAUCCCAGUCUCGGAUUCGACUCCUUUUCCCCAAAUUGACAGCACUUUCCCUGGUGCCAUGACAAAUGCGGAAUUGAUUGACUUCAUGACCGAUACUCUUCGUGCCAACGGAUAUGAUGAGUCCAAGACAUUGAUUGCCACUUCUUUGUGCUGUGAUGAAGUGAACAGACCUCUUGAGACUGACCUCUGCAAUGUCUUUGACACCAACUUCAACAUGGGAGGACUUGCUGGAUUCCCUUUCGGAGGUGCCACCAGUUUUGGUGCCAUGGCAGCCCACAUCCCCGAUGGCGGUUCAUGCGCUGUUAUCUACGGUCCUCAUGUUGGUGUUGACUCCAAGGGAAACAUUGGUACUGUGGAGCGACGAGGACGUGCCGCUGGAGGUGCUUGCUGUGGAUCUGCUGUUGCCGCCUCUGGGUAUGUUGCUGGUGUUCUUGGUGGAGAACCCAAAGCCAGCCUUCCCAGUAGCCCUCUUGAUGCCCAGCAAUAUUUCGUUGGAUCUAUGCUCAUGCCCUAUGCUGAGAGACUUGAGGCUGCUGGUGAGAAGAUGAAGGAACUGCCAUAUGCUCUCUACGAUGCCCAGUCUGACCUUAUGGAACGAAUCCUUGGUCAAUCCGGUAGUGCUGUUGCCGGAGAGGGAACAUCUGCUGUUCUUGGAGGAAUCCAGAUCAACACACCGCCUGGCUACAGCGACUACUUCCUGCCCCUCAGCUUUGAUCUUUACGACAGUGAAGGAAAGAUGGCCAAGAGACUGUUGAAGACUGAUGUCAAAGCAUUCCCCAAGAUCGCCGACACUUUCCCUGGAGCCCUCACCAACACUCAGUUGGUUAGCCGUUUGACAAGUGCCCUGAAGAGCAAGGGAUACAAUGCUGGCAAGACUCUUGUUGCCACUUCCUUGUGCUGUGAUGAAGUGAACCGUCCUCUGGAAACUGAACUCUCUUCUGCCUUUGACACCAACUUCAACAUGGGAGGCCUUGCUGGAUUCCCAUUUGGAGGAGCCACCUCUUUCGGAGCCAUGGCAUCCCACAUCCCAGAUGGAGGUGACUGUGUUGUUGUCUAUGGGCCCCAUGUUGGUGUUGACUCCACUGGUGCUGUCGGCACUGUUGAGAGAAGGGGACGUGCCGCUGGAGGUUCUUGCUGUGGAUCUGCUGUUGCUGCUUCUGGUUAUGUUGCUGGUGUCUUUGCUGACAAGUCCAAGGAAGCUACUCUCCCAGAUGACCCCCUUGAUGCCCAACAGUACUUUGUUGGCUCCAUGCUCAUGCCCUAUGCUGAGCGAUUGGAGAAGGCUGAUUCUAAGAUGGUUGAAUUGCCAUAUGCUCUCUAUGAUGCCCAGACUGAUUUGAUGAAGAAGAUUGUUGGUAAGUCUGCAGGGGCAGUGGCAGGAAAAGGAAAGAUUGCUGUCUUGGGUGGUGUCCAAGUGAACACUCCCCCAGGAUAUGAGGACUACUACCUCCCUAUCAGCUUCGACAUGUACGACAACAAGGGCAACUUUGUUGAGAAGAUUGACCUGUAAAGCAAACAUUGUCUUUUAGGAGCGAAGCAUCCGUGUUGUAGUCUGUGCCGGCCACGGGUUCUGCACGAACAACCUACAUUUUUCACUAUAAAGCAUAAUAAACACUUUCGAGUCUACGCUU